AAACCCUGAAUGUGAAAAAACCCCAAGCUUUGAAGAAGAUAAUUAUGAAUUGAAAUCCACGAAAUGAUUGUUUCGGCACCUUCUUGCUCCUACACUUAUCCUAAUCUUUUCCAAUCUUUCUGUCCAAAAUUAAGUUCCUCGCAGCAGCGAUGCAAGUUGAGGCUGAAAAAGCCCACUGGAAAGAAUCGCAUUUUUGCAUCCAUUGGUGGUUACGAGGUGGGUGGAGGAUAUCCAGAACUGGAGAAGGAUGAAAAGAGGAAAAAGAGAACGUCGCGUUCAGAACCUACUCACACGGAAUCCUUCCUUAGAGGAGGGGACCAAGUUAUAUCUGUCUUGGAAGAAAUGAUUACCCUUUUGGAUGACAUGGAUAUGGACGAGGAUUCUGAGAGAGUGGCAGUGGAGUUGGCUGCACAAGGAGUUAUAGGAAAGAGAGUUGAUGAGAUGGAGUCUGAUUUCAUGACAGCCCUUGACUACAUGAUUCAACUUUCUGAGAAGGACCAGGAUGAUAAGCGCAAGGAACUGUUGGAAGUGAUCAAAGAGACAAUAUUAUCACAUCUAACAAAAAAAUGUCCGCCCCAUGUUCAAGUAGUUGGUCUUCUGUGUAGAACUCCAAAAAAGGAUAGCCGGCAUGAAUUGAUGCGCAGAGUUGCAGCUGGUGGCGGUGCAUUUAGAGGCGAGAAUGACUUGAAGAUUCAUAUUCCAGGGGCAAAUCUAAAUGACAUAGCUAAUCAAGCUGAUGAUUUGUUGGAGGCAAUGGAAAAUCGUCGUGUUAUCCCAGACCGAAAACUGCUUGCAAGACUCGUUUUGAUUAGAGAAGAAGCUCGCAAUAUGAUGGGAGGGGGAAUUAUGGAUGAAAGAAACCACCGUGGAUUCUAUACGCUUCCUCAGCCUGAGGUGGAAUUCUUGACCAAAUUGGUGGCUCUAAAACCUGGGAAAAAGGUGCUUAAUAUGAUAAGAAAUGUGAUGCAAGGAAAAGAUGAAGGUGCAGACAAGUACGAUGAGGAGGACGCUACGGAUCCCGAACCAAUUGAAUUUCUAGGAAAGCCAAUUUUAACGGGAGAGAAAACACUUCCAGUACGCCCUGGCAUGUUUCUUGAGACUGUAUCCAAGGUUUUGUCUGGUUUAUAUGCUGGAACUGACUCUGGCAUCACUGCACAGCAUCUGGAAUGGGUUCAUAAGAAGACACUUGAAGUUCUUCAGGAGAUAGCAUUUGGCUAAUUCUCUAUAUAUCGUUAUAUUCUUUUUGACGAGGUGAAGCAUGGCGACCCUUUUUGUAUCCCACUAUUUUAGCCAUUUUAUGCUGCCAAAAAAGACUUGAUAGGCUAUUCAUAGGGACAACAUAAAUGAUAGUAUACAAUUUCAGAACAUUUGCAAGGUGGCCAUGUAAAUUUAUCAUUCAUAAGAUGAAAAAUGACAAAAA